AUGCAGUAUGGAGGGAUGUGGGACCGGCGGACGCCAGCGUGGAUAGACGACCAACUGCACAAGAAACGCGCGAACACGCUGCGAAGAGAGCGCAACGUGGCUGGAGGUGGGAGGCACACGUGCAGGAAGAGGGAGCUGUGGGUGGUCGAGACGGCAGCCGGGUGGUCGGGUAGGCGAGUGUGUGCGGGCUUGCACGAAACCGAGGCGGACAGCAGCCUUAGAGCGCAUGAACGCGAAGAGCGGGAGGUGGGAGCAGGCCCACAGACGUGUGCGGUUCGAAAAUCUCGCACUAUCGCCUCCAAAUCGCAAAAAGAGAACGUGCUGUGGGGUGGGCUGGGAUGCAGCGCUAUGGAGUGA